AUGACUGACGAAAUCACUCAUCAGGAUGAUCAUGAUCCAUUCGAUCCGACAAAAAUUCCCCAGUUAAGAAUGAUCGAAAUUAACAAUCAAGUCAAAGAGCUACAAACGAUCAUUAGAGACAGGGAGACAACACGUAGUGAUUUCGUAUUUUGCGCUGAUCGACUAAUUCGCUUAGUGGUAGAGGAAGGAUUAAAUCAACUGCCUCAUGAAACUACUGAUGUAACAACGCCGACAGAUCAGGUCUAUCAUGGAUUAAAAUUUGGCAAUGCUAAUUGUGGUGUUAGUAUUAUGAGAAGUGGUGAAGCAAUGGAACGCGGAUUAAGGGAUUGCUGUUCAUCUAUUCGUAUCGGUAAGAUACUCAUUCGAUACAACGAAGACAGUGAAGAGCCAAUGGUAUAUUAUGCUAAAUUUCCACCGGAUGUUUCUAAGCGUAAAGUAUUGUUAAUGUAUCCUCUUUUAAAUACUGGUCAAACAGCUAUUGCGGCCAUAAGAACCUUAAUCAAUCAUUCAGUACUUGAAGACAAUAUCAUAUUCCUAAAUCUUUUCGCUACUCCAGAAAGUAUAUCAGCAAUUGUCAAGCAAUAUCCUAAAAUCACCAUACUAUCAUCCGAGGUGGAUCAGAUUUGCCCUAAUUACUUUGGACAAAAAUAUUUUGGAAGCGAAUAA